AUGGGAUCCGGCGUAGUAGCCGAGUCACACCCCCUGCCCCCUCAUGCCAUCCGCUCCCCCCGCCCCCACCCUCCGCGUGCCCGCUCCCUUGCCGCCUCUUUUGACCCUCCCUGCCCCCCUCGCCGUUUCCCACCGCCCGCCAUUCGCUCCUCCCCGCCCGUGCGCUCCCCUCGUUUUACCUUCUCCUCCCCCCUCCCCUCCUCUGCUGCACGCCUCUUCCUUCCCCUCGCCGACCCACUCCACUCCCUGCCCCUCCUCAAUCCGCACCCUGCCCCUCGUAUCUCGCCCCCCUAUGCUUGGUUUCUCCCCUCCCUGCCCCUCGCCGCCUUUCUCCGCUCCCCACCUCCCCCCUCUCCCUGCCCCCCCACUCUCCCCCCCUUGCCCUUGGCUUCCUACCUCCCUGCCCCACCUUUCCCCCCUCCGUGUGCUCAGCUUCUCCCCUCCCUGCCCCUCCCUCCUCCCCGCCCUGCCCCUCAUUUUCCGCCCCCCCACGCCCGGUUUCUCCCCUCCCCGCGCCUCCCUUUCUUUCUCCGUGCCUCUCCUUUGCUCCCUCCCUGCCCCCGCCUGCCCAUGCCCCUGUCUUUGGCUUCUCCCCUCCCUGCCCCACGUUUCUUCCCUCCCUGCCCCCCCUCUGCCCCUCCCUUGUUUUCCCCUCACCCAUUGCUUCUCCCCUCCCUGCCCUUGAUUUCCCGCACCCCUGCCCUUGUUUCCUACCAUCCAUGCCCCUCGUUUCCCCCCUUUGUACGUUCAGCCUCUUCCCUCCCUGCCCCUCCCCUCCUCCCCCCCUGCCCUUUGCUUUCCCCUCGUACGCUCCCUUCUUCCCAUCCCUGUUGCCCUCUUGCCACCAUCAGCCCAUCCGCACCAGCAGCCCCCCUCCCACCCUUGUCUCCCCCCCCCCCCUUUCCCUCUCUCUCUCUCUCUCUCUCUCUCUCUCUCUCUUUCUCACACACACACGCACACUCCCCUCCCCCACCCCCCCACCCACAUCCUCCCAUUCUGUCCCUCCCUGCCCCUUUCCCACCCCCUUUUACGUCCCUCACCUCCCACCUCCGUGCAACUGGUUUCCCCCCUAUGGUGCCUCCCUUGCAUCGCUCGCCCCUCUGCUCACCCUCUGCCCGCCCCUUUUCCGUGCCCUCAGCUGGCCCCAGCCCCUGCCCGUUGCUGCCCCUCCCCUUGCCCCCUCAACUCCCCUGCCCCCCGUACACCCAGUCCCAUCCAACCGCCCCCACCCUCCCCCGGCUGCCCGUUUCCGCUCUCCACCCCCGCGACCGUGUGCGGCUUCCAACCGCCCAACGGUGUCCCCUCUUCCUUCACACCCGGGCAGGGACAACGAAAACCAAGCCGGCCGGCGGCGGGAAGAACAAAGGCAAGGAGGCAAAGGGCCAGCUCACCUACUCCCCCCUCUCUCCACUCCCCUACAGGCGCCCCCCCCCCCUUCCUCACAUCCCCCUCAAACUACACCCAAUCGACGGCCCCCUACCGCAACCCAUGGUCACCGAGGAGGGCCGAGGGGGCUCUCUAGCGCAAGGACCACACCCGGGCUCCGCUCAGCCAGCACGCCCCACCCCACCCUCUGCCCUGCCACCCCUCUUACCUUCAUUAGCAGGCAGGCAUGUUGCUGGGGACCCCACAGGAGAUGUAGUGGCGCCUUCCCCCAUUCAGCAUGUUGCUGACACACUUCCAGUGGCGCAGGAGGGCACCAGCACCAGGUCCCUCCGGUUGACGACCUCCCUUCCACGGCUAGCUCCGAUGGCACCACCCCACCCGACCCCGCCGAUACGGCCACGUCACCGGACCAGCCCAUCACAUGCACUACCUGCCAGAGCACCCUGGCAAGCACCCGAGCACCCAGGCACCACACACCCUUCUGCCACCACAGCGGAUGCAGCUCGCCGGGCACAGGCCGUCCAUGACACCACCCUCGAUUCUCCCUUCUCUCUCACAGCCCCGAGCGACCGGGAUACAGUUCACAGACGCACAGUGGCAGACGCUCGACUCGGUGGACUGGACAGAAGCUUUGCUUCAGGUGAGCCAGAGCAGAUCAACUGGGCUCUACAGACGGCGCUAGAGGGUCUCCCACCUGACGUUCUCUCUCUCCUUCCCUCUUGGCCCUCUUGCGCUUCUGCCUCCCCUGAUUCCCUUUUUGCAGAAGAGAGGGGACACGGGCUGAUGGUCCGUGGGAGCAGAGGGGCGAGGCGGGAGAGCCGGGUGGAGGGGGGCAGUGGGGACAGCAUCAGCUGCGGGGUCGGGUGGCGUGAGGGGCAGGUGGGCAGAGGGGACGACAGGGGGAGCAGACGGGCCAGGACGUGGAGGGGGGACAGCAGGGGCAGGCAGCAGCAGGAGAGCCAGCGGAGGCCGCGGGCCAAGGGCGUCGCAUCUCCGGGGGUGGGCUCGAGGGGUGGAGCAGGGGCGAGAGCAGCAGAGAGCGGACGGAGGUACAGGGGGGGGAGCGGGAUCGGGAGGGGAGGACCAGGGAGUGAGAGAGGCAGCAGGGGGAUCGAGCAGGGGUGGGUUGGGGAGGGUUGGGGGGAGGGUAGAGAGGGGGAGGGGAGAGGACAGGUGGGUAGAGGAGAGGAAGAGGGGAGAGAGACGAUCGGGAGAGGGGGCACCGAUGGGACCAGAUCAGGGCAGCAGCCAGCGCAAGCAGCAGGGACCAGUCGGACUCACAGGCCAUGUGGGCACCUCCUCCCGCAUCCCAGACCUCACCUGCCGCGACUCGUUGGGCAGAGUUUGAUGGUUCUUGUGGAUGUCUCCAUAGCGGAUCCACAGCGGGAGGGGAACGUGCAGCUGAGACUGGCGACCCCCACACAGAUUGGAGUGGCAGCAGCUAGGCGAGUGCAGGAGAAGCUGCGUCACUGGGGGCCGCACUUAGAGGGGUUGCAGCGGACACCACACUUUUACGCGGCGUGGCGGAGACCUUGGCCUUCUGAGCGAGCCGCUGCGUCAGUUUUUGGGGCUCUGCGCAAAGAGGAUAACACAGCGGAGGAGGGAUAG